AUGGGAGACCUUCGUCAGCUCGUGGCCGGAGGCUUCGCCAACAAGAACACCGCCAAAGCCGCUCGAAACCCGGGGACGGUACCCUCCCAUCCCCUUGCGGUUUCCGGCGACGGCGACGGAGGCGGUGUGAUGCCCAGUGAUUUCCCCGCUCCUGCAACGACAGGUGCUUCCCGAGAGGAAGCCGCGGCCGGGAAUGGGGUCCGCGGAAUGAAGGAAGAUGGUACCACCCUGGAAGAGGCGGAGGGGGGCGGCAGCGGGGGAAAUGUUCCCGCUCCCGCGACCGGGAGCGCGGAGGAAUUUUCCGAGAAGCCACAGCAGCAGUGGGGGCCUAAGACCGCUCAGGGGCAGGAAGCCCUCCGAUGGCAGCUACGGCGACUCAACCUCCCCCCGGAAGAGUGGGCGGAGGACGUCAGGAAUAUCAACGCGCAGCUCGUCGAGGCCCUGGAGCAGCUGCGAGAGAGGGAGGCGGAGCUGGACGAACACGAGGAGUUGAUCGUCAGUCGUGAACGUGUUCAAAAAGGGGAUAAGUCUGACCCGGGGAAUUAUAGAGGGAUAACCUUGCUGAGCACAGUGGGGAAACUCUUUGGCAAGAUGAUAAACAAUAGAAUGGGAGACAUGUUGGAGGCGAAACAAAAGAUCAGCGAAGGACAAGCUGGAUUUAGACCAUAUCGUAGUUGUGUAGACCAUGUAUAUACGCUGAGUAAAAUUAUCCAAGGUAGGAAAGACGCCGGGCGUACGACAUACUGUUUCUUCCUAGAUGUACAAAAAGCCUACCACACCGUUUGGCGCAAUGGAUUGUGGAAAAAGAUGUGGGACACAGGGAUCCGGGGGAAAAUGUGGAGGAUGUUGAAAAAGAUGACAGAAUGCACAAGAAGUGCAGUGAUGUUGGAUGGGGAAAUCUCGAAGUACGUGGAUAUACUCCAAGGAGUCGCACAGGGCUGUACGAUGUCACCCACUCUUUUCAAGAUUUACAUCAACGACUUGAUAAGGGCGGUUGAAGCAGUAAGACAGGGAGUCCAAGUAGGGGGAAAGAGUGUGUCCGGACUGAUGUUUGCAGAUGAUUUCGUGGGGGUAUCCGAAACACCAGAAGGGUUGCAGGAACAAAUAGAUGCGGCAGUAGGAUACACCCGAAAAUGGAGACUGUCGGCGAACGUAGGAAAAUGCGCAGUAGUGGUCUGUAACGAAGACAAGAAAAAUCCCGUAGAAUUCAAAUGGAAAUGGGGGGAGGAAGAACUACCGGUAGUAGACAGGUAUACGUACCUGGGAGUAGAGAUUUCGAAGGAGUGCUCAUGGGACGCACACAUAGCAAAGUUGAUUGGGAAGGAGGUGUGUUCUCUUGAAUGUGAUUGUACCAAGCUAGAGUAUGCGGGAGAGGUAUGGGAAGGUAACGAAAAGGCCGUCAAGCAGCUGGAAACGGUGCAGAUGGCAGCGGCCAAGAAAAUACUAGGAUGUUCAAGUACAACGAGCAACACUGUAUUGAGAGCAGAACUGGGAAUGUACUCUCUUAAAACAAAGAGAGACAUGCAAAAGUUGAAUUGGCAGUACAAGGUAAGUAGAAUGUCGGACGAUAGACUACCAGCCAUGGUUGACAAGGCAGCUUGGGGAAAAGCGACUCCAGGGAAGAAAGGAAUCAGAUGGGACAAGGUGGUAGAGAGGGUUUGGAAGGAGAUAGGAGACGAGGAGGAGACAUUGGACACGGAAGGGUUCGGGGGGUUCAAGAAGAAAGUCAAGGAGAUGCUAGAAAGUAGGGAGGAGGCAACCCUUCGGAAGAAGGUGGCCGCUCUCUACCGCGAUCACGCCGACCGCGAGAAGGAGUUCGACGAGAAGCAGAAGGCGUCCAAGGCGGAGGCGGGCGUUCUGCGGGAGGAGAGGGACGCCCUCGCCGUGCGGGCGAGGCGGCUGCAGGAGGUCCUGGACGUGGAGGACGAGGCCGCGGACGACCCCACGGCGCCCCACAGAGCUCUCCGCGACCUGAGCCGUAAGGUUACCGUGUUGGAGGUCAACGAGGCGGUCAUGGCGAGGAGGUUUGCCUCCGUCAAGGAGCAGCUUCAGGUGGAGGCCGAGGCAAGGGCGGUGUCCGAGCGGGAUUUCCUAGACAUGUCGACAGCGGGCAAGACGAGGAUACUGUACCUGGAGCAGUGGAAGGCCGGCGCGUCGGCGAGGUUGCUGCGGCUGCAGCAGAGGCUGGACGUCAGCGUCCCUGAACAGGUGAUUAUUUUCUUGGCUGCUUCCGUGAUAGUACAGCAGUAUGUUGGAGGAGUCUGCGAUGGGGACGUGAUAGCUCGCGCAACGGCGUUUGUCGCAGAUGGGCUUGCGAAAAACGUGUUUGUGGUGGCAGCAACGUUUGCUGCAGGCCUGACUGUCGAAGUAGCGGCGGCGGAGGCGGCUUCCGGCAGUGAUCUGGUGUGCACCAGGCGGGAGCUGGAGCAGCUCCAGGAAGAGUUCUUGGGGCUGCUGCACAGCAGUGCGGAGUCGAGGGUAGAGGUGGAAGAGCUUGCCGCGCUGCGUCGAAUGCUGGAAGAAGAACUGUGUUCGGCGAGGACCAGCCUGGCCGCCGCUGAAGAGACCUCGCAGCAAGCCAACUUGAGGCUGGAGAAGGCUGACGCACGCGCAGAGGCUGCGGCGAAGGAGGCGAGCGCCCAGGUGGCCGCCGUCGCCGGCGGUGCUACGCAGGCGGACUUUUCCGGGCUCCUUGCGGAGGUCGCCAAGCACCAAGGCGAGUACGCCAAGGCAGAGGUAGAACGCUCGGCGGCGGCGAGACGGGCGGAGAUGGCCGAGAGACGGGUGGCCUCGCUUGAUGCGGAGUGCCGCGCCGUCAAGGAGCGCGCACUCAGCCUGGAGGCCCGCGAGAGGGAAGCGCGACAGAGCGCCCAGGUGGCUGCUGCAGAGCUCAUCAAGGUUCAGAACCGGUUCGAGGGCGGCCUAACCGGCGAGCAGGCGCGGUCUCUUGAAGAGAAGCUGGAGGCGGAGUUGGUACGGGGGGAGGCGUUGGCCUUGGAAGCCGACCGGCACAAAGAGAUCGCCGACAUCGCUUCCGAGCAGACGCUUGCCCUGAACCACCAACGCAAGGACACAGAGGACGAGCUGGCUGAGCUGCGGAAAACCGUGUCCGACCUGGAGAGCCGGAGCGACGACGACCGCCUCAUCGGGCAGCUUCAGAGAAAGCUCACGGCGACGAAGGUGAAGCUUCAGCGAAGAUCUCGCGCGCGUGGUCAGGUGGCUUAUCGCUCGUUCGCGCGAAAGCACGAGAUGACCAAGGCCAACCUUCGCCGAAAGACGGCCCUGCUCCGGGUGCUGGAGUCGAGGCUGGACAAGCGCGAGGACGCUCUGCACGAUCUGCACGAGAGGAGCCAGGAGAAGGUGGCUGCCCUGAAGGGUGCUCUGAUCGACUUCGCGGACGGUAAAUCGGGAUCCGACGCCGGUAUCACCGGGCCGGACGGGGCUGCCGGGCCCGAGCGCGGGCUGACGAUAACUCGCGCAAGGGAGAUAGCCGCCAGGGUGUCGGAGCUCACGGCCGCUCUCGAGACAAGCGAGGCCGGCCUUAGGGCCGCAGAGCUGUCCCGCCGGUCGGCGGAGGUCGACGCCGAGACCGCGGAGGAACGCCGCCGCGACCUAGAAACCCUCGUCGCAGACCUGAAACGCCUCGUCAUCCCGGGUAAUCGCGCCGCUGCCGCCGUCAGUGGUGGAUCAAGCGGCGUGGCUACGGCAUCAAGGGACAACGACGACGACAACCACGCGGUCGGCGGUAGCGGCAAUAGCAUCGACGGUGGGUCGUUGCCGUCGCCCCCUUCCUCCUCCGCCGACAACAACAAUGAGCACCGGUAUGCGGACGGCGCCUACGCGAGCGCCGCCGUGGAGACGGCGGCCCGGCGCCUCCUCUCAUUGAGCGAGGAGCUCCGCGCCGCCAAGCUCGAGGCCGCGGGUCUCCGUCGCCUCGUGUCGGGCCUUCGCGAAGACCGCCGGCACCUGGAGCGCAAGCUGGGGGCCUCCGAGGCGGCGGCGCGGGCGCUGGAGGAGGCCAAGGCGGAGGCGGAGACUCGCGCCCUGCUGCUCGCUGACGGGCGCGAGGAAGAGGAAGGCCGUGUCGACGGUGGGAAGACAGCCACCGGCGGCGAGAGCGGCAGCAACGGUGCUGGCAGAGCCGGCGGCGCGGCGACGGGCACCGCCGGCGGGUUUAGCGAGGAGGAAAAGCGCUUGCUGGUGGCGGCGUACGCGAUGCCCGCGGGAGCAGAGGCGGAUUUCGGUGGGCUAGACCCGGAGGGAACCCUGCUGCGUCUGCGAGACGCCCACGCGAAGGCUGCGUCGUUGACUCGAGCGCUGGAAGAGGUCAAAGCGGAGAGGGACGAGGCGGCAGUCAAGGUGGAUGAGGCAUUGCGCACCAGGGGGGAACUGCAGAGAGCUCUCAGGUUCUACGAGGAGCAAGCAGCUCAGAACGGCCUCUCCCUCCUCGAUGACGACUCUCUGGCUGAAGCUGUGACCGGUCCUGAUGGCACCUUCGAUGGGAGCCGUACUGGCAGUCGGGGCGGCGGAGGAGGCGGAAGGCGCCGCAGCUUGGACGUCGAGCGCGAGCGUGCCGGGAUGCAGGAGGCCGCCAGCACCACCGUGGCGUCUAUGAAGAGGCUCCUGGAGGAGAAAAACGCCGCCCUGGAGCGGAUGAAGCGCAAGCUGGACGAGGCCAGGGCUGCCGGGCGUGGUGCCGCCAACGCCGAUCGCAGUGAGGCGGCCCGCCUGACGGACAGGCGAGGAUCGGGCGGGGGGGGGAUUUACCGCGAGAACGAGGAUUCUUUGGGGCAGUUACGGGUUGCGCUGAGGCAGCUCGGAGCGGCCGGCGGUCUGACGGGAGAGGGCACCGCCAUGAACAGCCGCCUCAUCGACCAGCUUGAGGAGGUGUCCGGCUUGUUGGGAGAGAAGGACGAGACCAUCCGGCAGCUGGAGCUCAAGCUGAGCACGGCUUGCAACCAGCGGGAGCGUGCGGAGGCUCGCUGCGGCGAGGCCCUGGAGGAGAACGCCAAGAUGCGCUCAGACCUCGCAACGCUGGCCGCCCAGGUGCAAGAUGCGGAAGAGCGAGCGCUCAAGGCUCUGGAGGACAAGUCGGGCGCCAAGCGGCUGGCCGAGCUGCGCAAGGCCCUCCUGUCGAAGGAGCACAAGAUGAGGGCGCUGAGGGAAACGCUGGUCAAGCUCAAGCAGGAGUUCGUGCAGUCGGAGAUGGACAGAGAGGCCGCGGCCAUCGCCAACGACAGAGAACGAGCAAAGAAGGCGGAGGACCGCUCCGCCGCAGUGGACGACCGCCUCAAAGGCCUCAGGGAACAGGUUUCCACGCUGCAAGAGGGCGUGUCUCAGGCUGCCCGCGACAUCGAGCGGGAGCGCCGCGGGCGACAGGCCGCGACAAGGGCCAAGGACAAGCUCCUCGAGGACAACGCGCAGCUGCGAGCGGAGGUGACCAAGGCUGAGGAGAGAGCGGCUUCUCUGGAGGACCGCCUGACGGAGACCCGGCGAGACCUCGACGCAGCCAGAGAAAAAGAAGAACGCCUCCGAUCCCGCAUCAAAACCCUCGACAGCAACAGUGGCGGGAAAGCUGCUGCCGAAAGCUCGAGCAAGAAGAGCAGGCGCUCCGACAGGAGGUCAAUGGAAGAGAGCAAGGUCUCUUCUUCAUCGGAUGGCGGUGACGGUGGUGAUGACGACAGCUACUCCACCCCCGACCGGGACGGAGGCAGCGAUGACGAUGGUGGCGGAAGGGGUGGUGGUGGCAAGCGGCGGCGUCUGAACGAGCUUGAGAAACGGGUGCAGGUGCUGACGGCCCAAAACGAGGCUCUGAGGACCAUCGUGCCGCCACCGCACACCCCUGCGUCAGCGACAGAAAAGAAGGAGCCGACGACGCUGGCUAAGGGGCAGGGGCGACGCCUCGGGUCAGCGGCCUCCCCAGACGACAGGGCCGUCACUUCCGUCGUGGGAGGGACGGUUGCCACCUCAGGCGGGAGUCCAUACAACGGUGGCGGAGGGCACCGAGAAGCUGCGGUCAGCAGGGCCAUGGAGGCGGAGAAAAAGCUGCGGCGGCGGGUGGGGGUGCUGGAGAAGAGGCUGGAGGAGAGGGGGGUGGAACUCCAGGCGGCGGAAGGGCAGACGGCGAAGGCUAAGGGUCUCCUCGCCAGGCGAGGCGUUGUUGUAGUCGGGGGGUGGCACAAGGGUGGACGAACGGGAGCGGAGUCGUCGUCGUCUCCCGAGGUGACCGACGACUUGCGGUCUCGGCUGUUCCAGCUCGAAGAAGAGAACGCCUCCUUGAAGCGUGUGGCGGAGAUGGAGCUCCCUCGCGAGGUUGAGUCCCUCAAGCACCAGGUCCGGGCGCUGCGCGCUCAGCUCGAAGAGACAGACAACCGGCUUGAGGAGGCGGAACGCCGCGCUAAAGUCGUUGUCGCGAGGGCUCUCAGCUCGGACGGCAACAGCGGCGGCGACGGCGGCAUCCUUAGGGCGGAGGAGGGCCUCUACCAUGACCUGCAGGCGGCGAAAGAUGAGGUGGUGGCGCUUAAGGCCAUCGGCAGGGACUUGGAGGGACAGGUCCUGGAGCGCGACUCGGCCAACGUGGAGCUCCGCUUCGACCUGGAGGCGAGGACAGCAGAGACAGAGCGGCUCAGGCGAAGAACCAGGGAGCUCCAGGCUGCCCUCAAGACGGGCGGCGGCGGUGGCGGCGCGGGAGCGAAGGACGGGUCGAGGCCGGCGGGCGGGCGGUUCAAGCGAGAGAGGGAUCUUGAGGGAGUCGUGGAUGCCCUCAAGCGCGUGACCGACAAGCUGAGGGGGGAGAACGACCGGCUUCGGAGGAUGGCGGGAGAGGGAGGCGGGAAGGCCGAGGCACAGAGGAGUGCUCGAGAGGCCAAGAAAAAAGCGGCGGAGCUGCGGGAGGAAGUGGACAGGCUGACCGCCAGGGCGAAGGAUGCGGACAGCGCUGUUCAGAAGCUCGCGCAGAAGCAGGACCUGGUGAACCAGCUUCGGCGCACGCUUAAGGUGCGAGAUGCCACUAUCAAGACGUUCCAAGAUCGAGCAGAAGAUCUCGCGGAGGCGAAGACGCUUCUGUCGGCUGAACUCGAAGCCGCGAACCAGCGCUUAGUCGCAAGCGAUCGCGACAGCCGGUCGUCCUGCAGAUCCCGGCCUCCUCCUCCUGCUGCUGCUGCUGCGCACACCGCCAGAGAGCUGGAAGACGCCAAGAGGGAGGCGGCCACGCUGCGGCAGCAGGUGCAGCACCAGUCGGAGGUUGUCGAUCGUCUCAGGGGAGACAUGAACCGCGACCGCGAGGAAACGGCGGCGGCGGUGGGGCCGGGAAGCGAGGCGUUAGAAGCGGCGAGAGCGGCGGCGGAGUCGGCGCAGGACGAAGCGGACGAGCUUAGGGACCGCCUCGCGGAGACCGAGAGGGAGCUGCAGAGGAUGGAGCGGCGUUGUGCUAGCGCCAUGUCGACGGCGUCGCGGGGAGGGGAAGGCGCCGCUGAUUCUUUCGACGGAGGCAGCAAGGACCUUCUUCGAGUGAGCGGCACCGGCGGGCUGGGGUCCCGGGGUGAUGGAGAGGGCCGGUUGACGCAAGAUAGGCUCAGGGAGGAGAACGACAGGCUCAGGCAGGAGAAUGACAGGCUCAGCGAGGAGCUGGGGGCGUUCGACCACGAGUUUUUUGAAGAGAUCGAAGACCUCAAGUACAAGUACAGCGAGGCCGUGCGAAAGCUCCGACACUUCGAGCAAGAGCGAAUAGGGGGGUGAUGGUGUCGUGGUAAAGAGCUACGUAGAGCCGGUGAUGUGUCCAGAGAGAAGUAUCAGCACGAAACACGAACAGUAGAUAGAUACCUUCCUGUAGUGCGUUAAGGGGCCUGCGAGGGUUGAUUGUUUGAGGAACCACUGGUAUGUCACAAGUUCUGCAUCAGCGCCUUCCCAGGAGGAGUCUAGCAUGGCUUUC